CUCACAUUAAACAGAAUCUCAUUAGGUAAAUAUUGGAUCUUCUGGAUUGGUUCUCUAAGACUCUAAAAAUUAUUUUCCCUUCUUAUUUUCUCUUUUUUUGUUUUACUUUUUAGACAAAUAAUUUUAUUAUUCAAACUUUAUAUUUAAGUUUUUCUUUUUGGCUGACAAAUAUUUUUAAGAGUUCUUAUUGGUUCUUUGAGUGUUUUUCAUGGCAUCCUGUUAUGAGGUGUGCCUCUUGGAUGCAAAUAGAUUUGCAAAUGUAUAUUUUUUGCAUCUAUAAUUAAUAGACUUAUUCUUUUUAAAUGCAUUUUCCAAGAAGUGCAUUAUACAGUGAAAACACUAUUACAAUCAUUUUUAAAAUGAAGUGGAUCACAGGGAAGUUAAGAACUUGGCCAAGGUUGUAUAGCUAAGUAAGGGGCACUUAAGCUGUAAUGUAUUCUUUUUUAAUAAGAAUACAUGCUUCAUACAGUUACUGUUAAGAUUAAAUGUGUAAACACAUAAGUGGCACUUAGAACAAUGGGUAGCACGAGUAAAUAUUCCAUAAGUGUUAGUUUUUUACUAAAUGUUACUUAUUAACCAGACAUUUUAAAAAGACUUUCUUCUCUUUAUUAUAAAUGCUUCCUCCUGUUCCUUUUUGUUUUGUUUUAUUUUUUGGUGGUGGUGGUUUUGGACCUUCUUUUUUUCCUAGACUAUGAUAAUUUUAUUUUUAAUAUUUUAAGGAACCUCUACACGGCUUUCCAUAAUGGCUGUACCGUUUCCUUUUACAACAAUGUACAAGGUUUCCAAUGUUUCUGCAUCCUUGUCAACACUUGUUAUUUUCUAUUCUUUUGAUAGUGACCAGACUAAUGGGUGUGAGGUGGUUUGUAUUUGUAUUUCUAUUUCUCGUAUGAUUAGUGAUGUUGAACACACCUUUUCAUAUGUUUGUUGGCCAUUUUUAGGUCUUCAGAUAAUUCUUUGCCCAUUUUUUAAUUGGGUUACUUUUUUUGUUGUUGAGUUGUGUAAGUAUCUUGUGUAAGUAUUCUGUAAACAUCUUGUGUAAAUAUAUAAUUGUGUAAAUAUUCUGCACAUUAACCCCAUCAGAUAUAUGAUUUGCAAAUAUUUUCUUCAACUCUAUAAGUUGCCUUUUUACUCUUUUGAUUGUUUCUUUUGAUAUACAGAAAUGUUUAAGUUUGAUGUAGUCCCAUUUAUCUAACUUUUGUUGCCUGUGCUUUUGUUGUUAUAUUCAAGACACCAUGGCCAAAUCCAAGGUCUUGAGGCUACCCCCCAAUGUUUUCUUCUAGUUUUAUAGUUUAAGCUCUUAUGUUUAGGUCUUUAAUCCACUUUGAAGUAAUUUUUGUAGAUGCGGUAAAGUAGGGGCCCAAUUUUAUUCAUCUGGGUGUGGAUAUGCAGUUUUCUGAGCACCAUCUGUUGAAGAGGCUUUCCUGUUGAGUAAUCUUGGCACUUUUGUUGAAAAUCAUUUGGCCAUAUAUAGAGAGGUUUAUUUCUGGGCUCUGUUUUACUGUACUAGUCAGUCUAUAUGUCUGUCUUUAUGCCAUUACUACCAUCUUCAUUCCUGUAGCUUUGUAGUAGGUUUUGAAAUCAGGAAGUAGAAAGCCUCCAAUUUCUGUUCUUCUUUUUCAAGAAUGUUUUGACUAUUCAGGGUCCCUUGAGAUUCCUUAUGAAUUUUCAGAUGGUUCUAUCUCUCAAAUAGAAACUUUGGAGGAAGCCCUUUGGUUUCCUCUCUCCAUGCUUAUCACAGCUCAUUUGCCCAUUUCUCAUGUCCACAUGGGAUUUUGAAGGCAUCGUUAAGACUGGGCACAAAGUUGCAUAGGGUCCAGCCUCCCUGUGAAACCAUCCAGCCACCCCCUUUUAAGUACUGAAUCUUCCUGGGAUCCUGCCAGGUUAGGUUUUUGGAAAACAGCCAAGAAGUAAAGCUGUGUUCAGUCAUCAUAAAUUUCCCCCAAAAGGGAGGCCUGGAUACUUUCUGGUUGGGGGGGGUGCCAUACCAUCAUCACUUAAGCUGUACCCCAAACAUAACCUGUUAGUCUUGCUCACAGACCCCCUCAUUAGCAUGAUAUUAGCAGCUCUAAAUUCUCAGGCUUUAGGGGAGGAGGAGUCCCUCUCUCAUAUAUAAGGCCACGGGGCUUUCUGGUUGACAUUUACAUGUCUCGGUUUUGGACUUUCUAUGUCAUGUUGUAGGUAUUUCCUAAAAUAUCUUGUAGUCUUUGGCUAUCUUCUCACAUCUAAGAAUGAUGAGAUAUCAUAGUGUUGACCAUCAGCUCUUUGUGAGUAUAUGGGGCCUGUUGAUUCCAGAGCUUGACUGUAAUAUAACCAUUCUAGGACAUGGGUAUUAGUUUGGGAGAUCACCCAGAAUCAAUAUAUGUAAGUCCUUAUCUGAGUCUUUCAUAUUCCCCAGGUUAGAAUUCUACAACAUCCUCUAUUUAAGAGAGUGUUAGGGAAUGUAUCAGGCAUAUACUUUGUGUGCUACAUUUGGAGCAUAUUGUUGGUAAGCAGCUAGAGAUCUCACCAUUCAGGAUGCAAAAUUUUGCUUCAUCUCCAUAUUUUCAGUUUCACACCUCACACUUGCACUCAGCUCUGCCUAGAGUCUCCAAAACUAGACGUAGCCCCAUGUAAUUUUUCUGUAAAGUUGCCAUUCUCUGGCUCUGAUUUACUCUGCUGUCUAUGUAUGAUGAUGAGGAUCAGAAAAUUCAACUCUCCUAUAUACAUACUGUCAACUAAUAACUUAUUAUUUUUUAGUCCUUAACUGACUUCAAUCUUCUUAUGUACUUGGUUCUCCAGAUCUUAUACCUAAAUGGAAUUAUGUGGGACAAACAGACUUGUUUCUCAGGAAUAUCUCCAAAGCAGGAAAUUUACUUGAGACAUUUCUUGGAACUGCUAACUCAAUUGCCUUUCCAUCUGAUUACUAUUAUAAAAAAAUGUGUGAUCACUUGUGCAUUCUUAUCUUUAUGAGUUCAUACCAUUCUUACUUUUUUCUGUUAUUUAGUGGAUAUUUCAGAAGGAGGGAAAAUAAAUAUGUACAAUUAAUUUACCUACUUUUCAAUUUCUACUCUUUUGCAGUGACUGAUUUUUCAACCAUGUAUCUAGCUCACAUUUUUAAGAAUGUAAUCUGUACUUCGUAUUUAAAAAUGCAAAUUUGUUAGAUUCCUCCUCCAUCCAAUCUUGAGAGCACUUUUCAGACCUCCCGUCAUGGGAGACCUCCUAGCACCUAUUCCAAACCAUUCCCCUCAUUAUGUAGUAGUCAUGCACUUUGGCUGGGACUGAAACCACCCAAAGUUUAGGAGAUAAUCCCAGACAGGAUUAAAAACAGAGCAAAAACCGAAAAUGGGUCUUCAGAUUCUGGAACUAAAAUCUCCACCUAUACUUCUAUACCUCUUGAAACAAUGAUUACCACCAUAAAAGGUAUAUGAUCUUAGUUGAUCUAGUCAGAAAAACUAAGUUUUUGUUCUAUGUUGGUAAAGAAAAUCUCUCACUCUUUCUUUCUGGGCCGAAAGAGAAAGCAAAUGACCAUAAUUAUAGCUGGAAUAAAUCUCAGGAACCCGAGAGAAGCCAGCUUUAGGGGUAAGCCUACUUUAAGUGACAUUCAUGUGUUUGUGUACUCCUUAAAUAUUUUUUGUAAGUUAUGAGAAUUUACAAUUAAAUUAUGGAUUUACAUAAUGUGUACCACCCCAGUAUCUUACUUCAUUUCUUCCCAGUUCACAGUUCAUUGCUAUCAUGGAAGUCUACAGAAAUGCCUUCUUGUGCUAGAACAACUAUCAAUGUAUGUUCCAUCUCAUUGUUCAUCCACCUCCACACCCUCUGAGAGGACUCCUGAAGUGACUCACGGAAGGCUUUCCUUUCCCAUACUACCUAAAGGCCAAGUAGUGAUGGAAUUUUGUUUAGUUUAACAGUCAUUUAGACUCCCCUCGUUUCAGGUUUCCAAUCUUCUCACAAAGAUUACAAGCCCCUGGCAGCCAGGAAUCAUCCUGUAUCUCAGUCCUCACCACAACUGAGCACUGUCAGUUUGUGGAGAAUGUGGAGGAAUACUUAAACGCUUUUUUAAAAAUGUUAACAGCAUCAGAAAUUAUAAAGAGUAUAAAACAAUUCUUAUGGAAGAUCGAAUACAUUUGUAAUCACUUUAACACAAUGAAUAAAACAACAUUAAUUUCUGAAGGACAUUUGUGUAAAUGGAACUUGGGUAAUUUCAUCAAACUGAGAAUCUGUGGAGACGCAUGGUGGCGCUGCAGGAUAAUAUCGCGGGGAAAAAAUAAUCCUAAAACAAAAAAACUGGGUGAUACAGUCUUGACACUGUUACCCAGCGCGUUGGGAAGACAGAAGGAACAAGACGUUCAGGGGUGAACUAGAAACUAUUCAACGGGGAUAACAUCCUUAGGCCUCCGAGGAUUUGGUGAACCGAUUGGAGGCAAAUUUCAGUUUCCCAGAACUGCCAAGUGAAGCCGAAGCAAUUCCGCAGAAAGCUGCUGGCAAAGGAGCUAUGGAGAACCGAGGGGCAGGCACCGUGAGGAUAAGGCAAGUUCUGCUUCUCUUUGUUUUGCUGGGAAUGUCUCAGGCGGGCUCCCAGUCUGGGCGCUUUUCGGUGGCGGAGGAAACGCAGAGUGGGAGCUUUGUAGGCAGUUUGCCAGCGGAUCUGGGACUGGAAGUGGGUGAGCUGUUCUCAAGGGGGGCUCGUGUGGUCUCUAAUGAUAACAAACAGCGUUUGCAGCUGGACUUAAAUACUGGGAAUUUGCUCUUAAGCGAAUCACUAGACCGGGAGGAGCUCUGUGGCUCCACGGAGCCGUGUGUGCUGCAUUUCCAGAUAUUAAUGAAAAACCCCUUGCAGUUUUUACGGCUUGAGCUCCAGGUCGAGGAUAUAAAUGAUCACUCUCCUGUCUUCUCAGAAAAAGAAAUCCUCCUAGAAAUCCCAGAGAAUAGUCCUGUCGGUGCUGUGUUCUUACUACAAAGUGCGAAGGAUUUAGAUGUAGGAAUCAAUGCUCUAAAAAGCUACACAAUAAGCCCCAACUCUCAUUUUCACAUUAAAAUGAGAGUCAACCCAGACGGUAGGAAAUACCCGGAGUUGGUUCUGGACAAGGCUCUGGAUUAUGAAGAGCAGUCGGAACUCAGUUUCACCCUCACUGCUCUGGAUGGCGGGUCUCCAUCCAGGUCCGGAACAGCCUCCGUUCAGGUGUUGGUGGUGGACACUAAUGACAACUCCCCUGAGUUUGAGCAGCCGUUUUAUGCGGUGAAGAUUCCAGAGAACAGUGCACUAGGCACACUGGUUGUCACUGUCUCAGCUUGGGAUUUAGACUCAGGAAAAAAUGGGGAAAUAUCAUAUACAUUCUCCCAUGCCUCAGAAGAUAUUCACAAGAUAUUUAAAAUUAACCAAAAGUCCGGAGAAGUCAGGUUACUGGCAUUCUUGGAUUAUGAAACCGUUGAAUCAUACUCAAUAAUCAUUCAAGCCACAGAUGGGGGAGGCCUUUUCGGAAAAUCAACAGUUAGAAUUGAGGUGAUGGAUGUCAAUGACAAUGCUCCUGAACUCACCGUGUCUUCAAUUACCAAUCUAAUCCCAGAAAAUUCGCCUGAGACAGUUGUUAUGGUUUUCAGUAUCCGAGACAGAGACUCUGGGGACAAUGGGAAGAUAAUUUGUUCUCUCCCAGAAGACCUCCCUUUCCUGUUAAAAUCUUCAGUUGAGAAUUAUUACACAUUAGAAACGGAGAGCCCCCUGGACCGAGAGAGCCAAGCCGAGUACAACAUCACCAUCACCGUCACCGACCUGGGGACACCCAGGCUGAAGAGCCAGCACAGCAUCUCCGUGCAGGUGGCCGACGUCAACGACAACGCCCCGGCCUUCAGCCAAAGCGCCUACACCCUGUGGGUCCGCGAGAACAACAGCCCCGCCCUGCCCAUCGGCAGCGUGAGCGCCACCGACGCGGACUCGGGCGCCAACGCGCGGGUCACCUACUCGCUGCUGCCGCCCGGCGACGCGCGCCUGCCGCUGGCCUCGCUGGUGUCCAUCAACGCGGACACCGGGCAGCUGUUCGCGCUGAGGCCCCUGGAUUUCGAGGCGCUGCGCGCCUUCGAGUUCGGCGUGGGCGCGGCCGACGGCGGCUCGCCGGCGCUGAGCAGCCGGGCGCUGGUGCGCGUGCAGGUGCUGGACGCCAACGACAACGCGCCCGUCGUGCUGUACCCGCCGCAGAACGGCUCUGCGCCCUGCACCGAGCUGGUGCCGCGCGCGGCCGACGCGGGCUACCUGGUGAGCAAGGUGGUGGCGGUGGACGGCGACUCGGGCCAGAACGCCUGGCUGUCGUACCAGCUGCUCAGGGCCACGGAGCCCGGGCUGUUCGGCGUGUGGGCGCCCAGCGGCGAGGUGCGCACGGCCCGGCUGCUGAGCGAGCGCGACGCGCCCAGGCACAGGCUGGCGGUGCUGGUGCGCGACCACGGCGAGCCGCCGCUGUCGGCCACCGUCACGCUGCACGUGCUGCUGGUGGACGGCUUCUCGCAGCCCCACCUGCCGCGGGCCGAGGCGGCGGCCGAGCAGGCGCGGGCCGAGCCGCUCACCGUGUCCUUGGUGGUGGCCCUGGCGGCGGUGUCGUCGCUCUUCCUGCUGUCGGUGCUGGGCGUCGUGGCGGCGCGGCUGUGCGCGAGGGCCCGGGCGGCGUCCGCGGGGGGCUGCUCGGGGCCCGGGGGCGGCCUUGCGGGCCACGUGGUGGACGUGAGCGGCGGCGGGACGCUGUGCCAGGCCUACCGCUAUGAGGUGUGCCUGUCGGGAGGCUCGGGGACCAGCGAGUUUAAGUUCCUUAAACCGGUUCUUCCCAACCUCCAGCCCCAAUGCCCAGGGAAAGAAAUAGAGGAAAAUCCUACCUUCCACAACAGACUUGGGUUCAAUGGUCAGUGACUGUAAUUUUCGUAUUUUACCAGUAUUUUUUGUUUUGUGCUACUUCCAAACCAAUGUUAUUUCCCCCAAUUUGUGUGUAUUUUGCAUGUGCUACCUACCCACCUUUACUUUAAAGUGAAUAUCUUUAUAUGUGGUCAUAAUGAGAUGAUAAUUUAUUGUGUAUCUCUGGAGGUCUUAAUUUAUGAUUUUAUUACCUCCUUAAGUAACACCACCAAAUCACUUUUUGUCCAUGGCCCUCUCUCCAGUUGAACUUUUUACCCACAAUUAUGAUUAUGGGAAAAUAAAGCAGACCAUUUUCAAAU